AUGCCGAGAUGCCUCCACAAACACUUUGGCAAAAAAGGCCCACGGACUGCGAGUGGUAAUAAACAAUUUUCGAAAAAUUACAAAAAUUAUUCGCAGAAUCCGAGGGCGCGAACGAACCCGAAAGAUUCUUCGAGCCAAUUACCGAUUUGGAAGACGAGCAAAGAGACGAAGAAGAAGAAGACGACGACGAGAGAGAAGACGAAAGAGAAGAUGAAGAUGAUGAAGAUGGUGAUGAAAUCGGGGACAUCGGUGCAAACGACGGAAUUACGCGCGGUCCCGACGGCAUCUACAGAGUGGAUCCGGCGGCAUUCAUCCGCGCAAACUGCUUCGACAGAGAGACGGGCGCUCUGCUCCCAAGAUCGGUUUGUGAGGUAUUCAAGUCUCUUAUGAGUUCAACAUAUUUGCUCGUUAUUCAUUUACAGGAGAAUCUGAAAAAACUGCAUAACAUCGACUACGAAGCUGACAACUCCGCCAUGUUAAAAAUCGCGCAGGAGGCCCAGGAUCCGGCGAUAGAGUUACUUGCCAGCACAUCUGCUAUGCUGAUGGAAAGGGUAAACCGCACUCAAUUUCGUCGUUUAAACUCUUUUCAGAGCAACGAACUUAUGCGCAGAGAGAGAGAGGCACGCUUGAGAAAGCUGGAAGAGUCGAAUUCGAGCAAGCAGUUCAACAUUGCCGAUGCGAAAUCCGCUGAUAAGCUCAUUGCGCUGCCGAGCGGCUACACCUUCUUCUGCUCCGAUGCGUUCACCAGAGCUACGUACUGGAAGCCCACGGAGUUUGAAAAAGAAGUAAAAACGAUUGUUCGAACCAUUUUGGCCAAGGUAUUCAAUAAAUUCUAUUGAUCGAAAAAUUGCCUUCAGGUUUCGCGCUACGAUCCGUUCUUCUGCGCUUACUGCGCUUCUUCAAGAUCUUCUGGCGCAUACAUUCCUAUCGGCAGCCAAUUUUAUAUGAAUAUCGCCGGUGAGCAGGAAUGGGAGGCAGGAAAUUCGUUGCAAUUAAUGCGAAUUUCAGAUUACAUCAUCGCUGGAUUCGGUAUGCGUCGUAACAGCGCAGAUGAGCAAUGCAGAAUCAUUCGACCGACCAAAAACGCUUUCAGAAAUUUCAUGUGAGCGAUUUUUUUUUUUGAAAAUUGCUGGCACAAUAAUGCUUUCAGGGAUCGUUUUCGCAAAACUUACAAAGAAACUACGGACAAGAUUCCAAAUCAGGUCGCUGCGGAGCUGAAGCAACGUGGACUAUAUCGUCAAAAGUGAGAAUUACUCGAAAAUCAAGUACUAUUUAAAUGCUUCUUUUUUCAGUGUUCACAUCGACUUCUCGCUUCCUCCCCCGGUCCACAACUGA